AUGGUUCCGUCUCUUUUCGGCUGUAAUGUCACCGAAGCUGCCCAAGGUCCAGUAGCAGAAUGUUGUGGCCUAUUUAUACGAAAUUUUCAUGCAUCAUUACCAGUUAUUUAUAUUAUUAUUAAAGUUCUAUAUUUGAUUAAUUCACUAGGACAAUUUUUGCUUUUAAAUGCAUUUUUAUCAUUUCAACAUGGAUUCAGAGCAUUGGGUAAUUUUUUUGUUGAUGCUAAUGCAUUUGAAUCUCCCCGCUUUCCACGUGUGACAAUGUGCGAUUUUAUGAUAAGACAUUUAGGAUCAAAUCAACAUUGGUAUGCGAUACAAUGUAAUUUGCCUAUUAAUCUCUAUAAUGAAAAAAUAUUUCUUGGUAUUUGGUUAUGGUUAAUUAUUCUAACAGUAAUUAAUUUGAUAAGUAUAUGUUUAACGUUAUAUUCAUUAAUCAGAUCAUCCAGAAUAUGUUUUGUUGAACAACAUUUAACAGAAAAAGAAGAUAUAAACUCAUUUACUGAUUAUUUGCAACCCGAUGGCUAUUUGGUUAUUCGAAUAAUUUCUAAUAAUACCGAUGAUAUUGUAACCGCAGACAUUUUAAAUCAUUUAUACGAGAAACGUCCUCUCCGUUCUCCUUCAGAACCAACAAGAGAAAAACUGAUCCUAGGUUCAAACUCAUCAACGUUGUAA